UCCAAAUUUCUCUUUUCCACUUUCCAUUCUUUUCCCUUCACUCUAUACAAUAUAGUACACUAUCUCUCUUCUUUCCACUUUCCGGAAAACCCACUAAUGGUCUCUACCAUAAUCAUCUCCAAUGCCAACCACCACCAUCCACCACCACCACCACCGUCUCCUCCUCCUCUCUCCCUCGCCAUCUUUCCCAUAUUACCCUUCUCACCUCACCUUCUCUACCAAACUCAACUCUCCCAAGGUCUUCUGUUGCCUGUCUGUACAUCAUUCAAACAAUAACCAACCAUCCAUCACCACUAACCCCACCCAUGUCCGAGUGGUGUUUGCAGCUGGUGGAACUGGAGGACAUAUAAUCCCAGCUGUGGCAAUAGCUGAUGAGCUCAAAAUGGCUAAUCCCAGCACACAAAUUCUCUUCAUAGGAACACCGAACAGCAUGGAGUCUGCUUCUAUUCCAUCUGCUGGCUAUGCUUUCUCUUCUAUCCCACCUGUUAAGCUACAUCGCCCACUCUUUACUCUCCAAAAUCUUUCCCUUCCAUAUCAUUUGAUCCAAUCCACUAUUCGUAGCUUCAAGUUACUUAAAGAAUUCAAUCCAGAUAUAGUCAUAGGAACAGGUGGAUACGUUUCUUUCCCUACUUGUCUUGCUGCUUUGCUUAGAGGAAUCAAGAUCGUGAUUCAAGAGCAGAACUCUGUUCCUGGCAUUGCAAACUCUAUUCUUUCUUCUUUCUCUGAGGUUGUUUUUGUUGCAUAUAAUUCUACAGUUGAGUGUUUUUCCAAGAAACAUAAGUGUGUAGUUAGUGGGAAUCCAGUAAGGUUAUCUUUGAGGCAGUCCGUGUCCCAGGAAGUGGCACGGAAAGAGUUCUUUCCGAGGUCUAGUGGGAAGGGAGAGGCAAAGGUGAUUUUGGUUCUUGGUGGGUCCUUUGGGGCUAAUACUAUUAAUAUUGCUUUGUUGAAUGUUUAUAGUCAAUUGUUGCUUCAACAUAAGAAUUGGCUUAUCAUAUGGCAAACUGGUGUUGAGGCUUUUAAUGAGAUGGAAAGCCUUGUUAGGAAUCAUCCGCAUUUGGUUUUGACUCCGUUCUUGCAUUCAAUGGAUUUGGCAUAUGCUGCUGCGGACCUUGUUGUCUCUAGAGCAGGUGCAAUGACAUGCUCUGAGAUUUUAGCUACUGGGAAACCUGCUAUUCUGAUACCAUCUCCAUAUGCUGAAGAAGGACAUCAAUUUAGAAAUGCUUCUCUUAUGGCAGAUGUAGCAGGUUCGAGGAUUAUAACUGAAGAUGAGCUAGAUUCAACAACCCUGGGAACCACAAUUGAAGAGAUUUUAGCAGGAGAUGAGACUGUGAUGGCAGAUAUGUCAGAAAGGGCUCGAAAAGCUGCAAAGCCAGAUGCUUCUGCAGAAAUUGCAGGUCAUAUUCUUUCCCUGGUUGAGACAACAAGGACAAAGAAGUAGCAACAACUUCCGUAGUAAAAUAAAAAAAACAUUUUCUGCAUGAUAAAUAAACCUUGCUGUAAGUCUUUCACAUGAUACAAGCAUCUUCUCUACCUUAGGAGUGGGAAUUUUUACAGCUUCUCAAAUGUUUGAUAGAAGUUGAAGUUAGAAUCAUCAUGGCAUUGUUUCAUUUUUUUAUCUUUGUGAUGGAAUCUUCUAUAGGUAGUUGUCUUAGAAAUCAAAAAUUAUAACUUACCUUCUUUGCAAGAGGGUUCAGGGUUGUAGAGAUUGAACAUGGAACUGUUCUUUUCUGGGUGCAAAUGAGCUUAAGAUAAAAUUAGUGGUGGCCUUUGGUUCUGCUUAA